AUGGCUGUCAACACUUUAUCCAAAUCCUCCUCUCAAGAGACUCCCAUCAGUGUCCCCUACAACAUCGACUUCUACACUCAUUGGCUUCUAGAGCAAGGAAAAGAAGAAAACUCUUCCAGCCCUCACCCAUGCAACUACAACCCACUUCUCUCCCAUUCCAUUUCUCUUCCAAUCUCAAGCCAAACAUCCAUUUUUCCUUCUUCUCAAGAGGAAAAUAGCAAGCCAAGGGAUUCGUGUGCCCUCUGUUUCCCUAAGCCGAACCUACCUUCCUCUUCCUCAUUUUCGUGUUUUGGGAAGGAUUUCCCAAAGGUAAUGUCAGAAAGGCUGGGGAGCAAGGAACUACUGCAGAGGGAGAGAUGAUGUGGAGAGUCCAACAGAGGACCUGGAUUAGAUUGGUG